AUUGAAUAACGCUGGGAGGAAAUCUACGAGAGCCUUUGCAUCAGCCUCAACCAAUAGGGUAAAUUAUUGCGAGAGAUUCAUUGCCUUUCAGAAAACACACGUCGCGACUGGACGAGCAAUGAUCCCGUACAACUUGCAUCAGAAUUUGGGAUGGAUAAAUAGAGCGAGGAGGCUGAAUCGUUUCAUUCAUAGCCUCAAAGAGGAACAAGCGGCCUUGCACCAAAAGCUAAAAGCACGAACUGAGAGAAAGAGGAAAGUUUUAAAGUAUACAGACGACAGAACUUCAAACAGACCCCGCAGACAAAGAAAAGCCUAAUAUUUCAUUAGACCUGACAACCUGAUAUAAUCAAUCACUGGAGGAUACGUCAACUUCCCAUUCAAAUACUCCAAACAAAUCCAGCCCAACCAACUAACUCUAUCUCAGCACGAGUCUCACUCUUUUAAUUAAGCAAAGAGUUCCAACAACAUCCUCAUCGUCAUCAUGUUUGGUCGAUUCGGUUGCAUCGUCAUCGGCAUGUACGCCGGCAUCCUGAUCAAACAACGCUAUCGGAUCCCCGAGCUGAUAAGCCCCGGCGAGAUCCUGGGCAGAAUGAAGGCCUUCGAGCACAACCAGAGAUGGGAGGACUACCAGUACCGUUACCACAACCAUGGCUGCUGUCACCAUCCCGACCAAGGGGACAGAGGCCCCCGCAUGUGGGAGCGUAUGAGGGAGUUUGAGCAGCGCCACAGACGGGAGCAGCCCACCACCCCACCACCCCAGCCCACCCAACAGACUGCUCCCACUGCCACCUCCGGGGAGUCAGAGGCCGCCAGCUGCUAAACAUUCCCAAGAGAAAGCACAUCUUCAACAGCUUCUCUUUACUUUUACGAAAGAGUUUUACGGCACUUGCAACACAAAUGGAUCGUAUAAGUGCCAAAG